AUGUCCGCCAUCCAACCCAUCACGGGUAUGCUCCGUCGGGGCCUCGUGCUGGAUCUCAGCACUGCCUUUGGCCUCGGAACCACCUUCGGCUACCUAUUCUGGUACGGCUACCACCUCCCCCGCGUCCGGGCCCGUGACCGCCUCUAUGCCCGCCUCGAAACUGAGCGCGCCCAAGGACUGCUGAACUAA